ACAAUAAGUAGAUAAGCCUUCUGGUUAUUCUGUGACGUGUGCUAUUAGCUAUAAAUUAGCAAUUCGCGGUGACGUCGUGAAAUGUUUACUUUUUUAGGACCGGCACGAUGAACCACUAAAAAGCUCUACGAGUGGAUCCAAAAUGUCAUGUAUCUACUGAUUCUACUGAGUGUGUAAAUAUGUAAUGUGUAUAUAUAUAUAUAUAUAUAUAUGUAUGUAAUGUAAACAUUUAGUUUAAUUUUAUCUUGACCGAGACGUGAGAUUACGAGUGUCGGGUUGAAAAGACGAUUCUUCUGCUACACAAAUCCGCAUAAAUAUCAACUUUUUCAGACUACUUAUUUAAGGUUGCAAAUGAAAACCAAGUAUAUAAAAUAAAACACAAUUAUGAAAUACAUUACGAUAUUGGUAAUUUUAUUAAACUUUUAUGUUCAUGCGAUAAAAAGUUCGAAUAUACUUGUUUUUGUACCAUCGCCAUGGAAAAGUCACAUUACUUCUUUCCAGCCAUUAUUUUUGGAAUUAGCAAAUCGUGGUCAUAAUGUUACAGUAGUAUCAAAAUUUAUUGUUAAUGAUCCACCACCAACGUAUACACAAUUGAUUCCUUCUUACGAUUUUAAUAUUACAGGAAGAUCAGAUUUCUUAAUGCAUGAACGAGGCUUACAUUACACGUUUAUCGAAGAUCCAAUAACACGUAGCACAGUACUAGUCGACACAACACAUAUGUUUAUAUCAGAUCCAGAAAUACAGAAAUUUAUUAAAUAUGAUCAAUCAAAGUUUGAUUUAGUCAUUAUAGAAUCAUUUUUUCAAGAGUGCACUGUAGCGUUGGGACAUAAAUACCGAGCACCAGUAAUUUCACUUGUACCCGUACCUCCUUGGAUAAGUGUAUCUCGAUGGGCAAAAAAUCCGUCAGAUUUGUCAUAUAUUAAAGACUUUAUGUUAGAUGGUGGAAAGUCUCUGACUUUCUGGGAACAAUUCACAAAUAGCUGUAUUGGAUUUUAUUCUCUAUUUGUCGAACUCAUUACAUAUCUUCCAAAGUUGGAAAAUAUGAUGGAUAUCUAUUUCCAAUAUCCUGGAUACGAAAACAGACCUACAAUGGCAGAGAUGCUAAAGAACAUAUCUCUUAGUCUAAUUGAUUCUGAUAUGACAAUUUUUAGUCCACGACCCUAUGUUCCGAGUUUUAUUGAAGUAUUAGGUAUCCACAUGCAACCUAACAAGAAAAUGGAUAAGAGAUUACAAGAAUUUAUGGACAAAGCUAACACGGGCGUUGUUUAUUUCAAUUUCGGUACUAUAUUGAAUGUGACAAGUAUACCUAAGCCGUCUAUGCGCAGUUUGAUUAAUGUAUUAGGUCGAUUAGAACAGAAGAUUGUAUUUAGAUGGAUUAAUAAUGAUACUCGAAAUUUCCCAAACAACUUUUAUGUCAAUUCUUGGCUUCCGCAAAAGGAAAUCCUAAAUCAUCCAAACUGUAAAGUAUUUAUUACUCACGGAGGAGUCCACGGUAUUAUAGAAACAAUAGAUGCUGGGGUUCCAAUUAUUGGAUUUCCGGUUUUUGGAGAUCAGUUUCAGAACAUAAAAAUCAGUCAAGAAAAUGGAAUUGGCAUUAUGAGUAAUAUUUUUAGAAUGACUGAAGAAACAUUUGAAAAAGAUAUUAAGCUUAUAAUCAAUGAUAAAAAGUUUUCAGAAAAUGUUAAAAGAAUGUCUUCCAUAUUUCAUGAUCGGCCGAUGUCAGCUCUUGAGACGGCGGUGUAUUGGGUGGAAUAUGUUAUCAGAAAUGGAGGAGCUCAUCAUUUACGUUCUGCAGCAGUCGAUUUAACGUGGUACCAUUAUUAUUUAUUAGAUGUUGUAGUAUUUAUUAUAUUAGUUUUAUUAUUUUUCAUCUGUAUUUUAUAUUUUAUUACUAAACGGAUUAUGCAAUUAAUGUUGAAUUUGUUCCACAAACAGAAAACAAGAAUUUGGAAACAUAAAAUAAAAAUGAAAUUUAUUUCGAUAUUGUUACUUGUAGCAGUUCAUUAUACUUCUGAAACAGAAUCUUCAAAUAUACUGAUUUUUGUACCUUCGCCUUGGAAGAGUCAUAUUGUGUCGUUUGAACCAUUGUUUUUUGAACUAGCAAACCGAGGUCAUAAUGUAACAGUGGUAUCAACAUUUGCUGUAAAAAAUCCACCGAUUAAUUAUACACAAAUUGUACCCAAAUAUAAGAUAAAUCUUGGACCAAUAAUGGAUGCUGUGCGAGAUAGCUACAAAUAUCUAUUUUUAUUGGAUGACAUAUAUUUGCGAAAUGUAAUUACUCUUGAUAUCACUGAAACUUAUGUGUCAGCUCCAGAGAUACAAAGGUUUAUCAAAGAAGAUCAAACCAAGUUUGAUUUGGUGAUAAUAGAAUCGUUUUUCCAAGAAUGUACCGUAGCCAUGGGUCAUAAAUAUGAUGCUCCAGUAGUUAGUAUCGUUCCGGUGGCGCCUUUUGUAACCGUUUCUCGUCAUGCUGCCAAUCCCUCAGAUUUUUCUUAUAUUAAAGAUUUCAAGUUGAACUCUGGAAAAUCACUUAACUUCCAAAAUCGAUUACUUAAUACUUUAUUUGGUUUAUACAGUCUGUUUAUUGAACCAAUCACGUACAUCCCAAAACUAGAAAAACUAAUGGAUACAUAUUUUCAAUACCCCGGAUAUGAAGACAGACCAUCCAUAACAGAUAUGUUGGAAAACAUAUCACUCGGUCUAAUAGAUUCUGAUGUAGCAAUUCUUGGCCCAAGACCUUACGUUCCGAAAUUCAUCGAAGUUCCCGGUAUUCACAUACAACCUACAAAGAAAAUGAGUAAGACGUUACAGAACUUCAUGGAUACAGCUAAAGCUGGAGUUGUGUACUUAAAUUUUGGUACUAUAUUAGAUGUGGCUAAACUACCGAAGCCUUCGCUGGAAGUUUUGAUAAAUGUUUUGGGGCGACUGGAACAAAAAGUUUUGUUUAAAUGGACAAAUAACGACACACGAAAUUUUCCAGAUAAUUUUUACGUCGACUCUUGGUUUCCACAGUUAAACAUUCUAAGGCACCCAAAUUGCAAGCUUUUUAUUACACACGGAGGAGUUCAUGGCCUAAUGGAAACAAUUGACGCUGGAAUUCCGUUUAUCGGGUUUCCCGUUUUUGGGGAUCAGUUCCAAAAUUUAAAAAUUAGUCAAGAAAAUGGCUUUGGGAUAAUUAGCAAUUUUCAUACAUUGAAAGAAGAUACUUUUGAAAGAGACGUUAAGCUAAUAUUAACUGAUAUGAGAUUUACAAAAAAUGCGAAAAAUAUGUCCAAAAUAUUUCACGAUAGGCCAAUGUCAGCACUUGAUACGGCGGUUUAUUGGGUGGAAUACGUUAUACGACAUAAAGGAGCUCAUCAUUUACAAACCACAGCUGUGAGAUUGGCAUGGUACCAAUAUUUAUUAUUAGACGGUUUUUUGUUUUUUAUAAUAAUUACAUUAUUAUUAAUUUAUAUGUUAUAUUUUAUUAACAAAUGUAUUAUGAGAUUAGUGUUUAAAUUGUUCAUUAAACAGAAAGCAAAUUAAAAUUUAGCGAAACUA